GAUAAAUCAUUAUGCUUUUCAUAUUAAAAAGUAAUUAUGAGAUAUGUUAAAUAAACUUUAAAAUAGUUAUAAAAUCAUCUUCACUAUUUAUUGCCCAAUAUAAGUAAAAUACAUCUGGAAAUCUUAACCAAAAAAGUUUCUGCAUAAACAAAAAUAACUUAUGUGGAAACUCAGUAAUUUGACACAACAUAUUUCCAACAAUGGAAACUGAAAGUAAAGUUAAUUGUUUCAUCUGUGAUGUUCCAACAAAAGCUCGCAAAAACGUUUUAUUGGGCAAAACAAAAUAUUCAAAUGAAAUACUAUACUCCAAAAUUUGUGAUAUUAUAGGAGACGCAUUCAACAUCUGUUUUUCUUCAGAAGACCUUAUCUGCAUAAAGUGUGAAAACAUUUUGAAUGAUUAUGAUCAAUUGCUUGCUCAAAUUGCAAAUAUCAGAAUUGUUUUCAUGAAGUUACUACAAAAAAAGUAUUCCUUAAAUCAAUUGGAAGAAAUACUAAUACCGAAUCACAUUAAGCACCCAGACAAGUUCAUAAGACUUGAGCAUAAUGAUAUCAAUUAUGUUGAGAAUUUAUAUUUACAUGAGCACAAAUUUAAUGUCGACAGUUCUGAUAUGAAAUAUGAUAAAAGGGACAAUAUAACAAUGCUGAAUAAUGGCAUAAAUACAUUGAAUGACCAAACUAAUGAAAAUCCGAUGUCUGUAAAUACACCGAAUACACAGAUAUCAACUAAACAAUAUUCAUUCAUCAGAUGUAUUAUAUGUUCUUCUAAUUUUAAGAGAAAAAAACAAUUUCAAAUUCAUUUGUCAAACCAUGAUGAUAGAAUAUGUCCUGAGUGUUCAACGCUAACUUUAUUCUGCCGAUAUUUAGCCACAGCAUCUGUAACAUGCUUAUAACAGAAUUUCAACAUUGCCAUGAAUUUCCAAAUUCUACAAGUUUACAUUCACACAUUAUGCAAAACCAUUUCAAAAUGCAAAUCUCAUCAGAAAAAAUCAUAUAUAGUCGAGAUAAAGUUAGGACCAGUGUAAAUAAUGAUUUAAAUGUAAAUAGGACAUUAUUAGUUUUGAAAAUUAUUAGAC